CUCGCGAACGAAAAAGAAAAGACAACAAAAACACCAAAAAUUCCACAAUCAGCAGAGCGCAGUUGAGUCAGUCCGGUCGGUUCGCGAUUCAAGUGCAAAUUUCUGUCGUAAUCCUUCCCGGGAACAACCGCUGCAGCAAAGCUCAUAAAUCACAACAGUGUCUCAUCGCAGGUGCUGCACAUAAUUGCACAGCGCAAUUUCUCAGAACAUGUCGGAUAACGAGGAAUCGUUCAUUGUGCUGGGUUCUACCCCAACGCCGUCGAUGGAGCAAUAUCUGGAGAGUGGCAGCAGUUUGGGGCAGCCCCAGUCGAAAAAGAUGACGGAAAGCACCACGACCCAGAUCAACUCCGGCAAUUUUAGUCUAAUACAGGCUGGUGAAUCACUCAAACCGAAGUUCGACUCGCCAAAGUGCUCGAUUUCGCAACAGGAAGCGUCGAACGGAUCGUUCCGUCUCCCGUUAUCCGGCGCGAGCAGCAUGGCCAGUUCAGUGGGGGCACCACCAGGCGGUGCGAAUCCGUUGGCCGCGAGCAUCAUUAUGGGCGAGACCAAGUCCAGCCUGCUGCAGGCGUUUCCCAGCCUGAUGCAAUCGUCUUCGUCGAUGCCGAUCGAUGAGGUGCAAGCUCUUCAGCACUUGCUGAACGAACAUGGCCAAAUGAAGGACAGCUUGCAUAAGGCGAACGUGGCCAUGCGGAAGAAUUUUACCAACAUACAGAAGUGGCAGGAUGAGGUGAAGACAAAGUACGCCGAACAGGUCAGAACCAUCGACGAGCAACGCGCCGCACUGGACGGAUUGGAAGCGGAGAACAAAACGCUCAAGCAGGCCCUUCAACUGGCCGAAACACGCGCCACGGAUCAGGCGAAGAAAUUCCAGGAGGAGCGAAUCGCCCUGCAGAAGUCGCUGGAUGAGUCCAGGCAACAGGUCGAGGCAGAACGGCUGAACGCAACGGCCGAACUGGACGAACUGCGCAAAGCCGUUUCGGAGAAGCAGUCGAUUCUGCAGAACAUGGCCAAACAAAUCGAGCGCCUCGAGUUGGAGAAGCAGGAGUUUGUGGUGGUUAGGGCCACAAAAGCGGGAGGAAAUGAUGUCGGUGCGGACGCAGACUACAUCACCAAGGAGGAACACCAGCGUCAGUUGAAGGUGCUGCAGCGAGAGAUGUCGGUCGUGGUGGCUAGGAAUCUUGAGUUUGAUGACAUGAAAAAUGUCUUCGUCGACGAAAUCAACUGCUUGAAGGUUAACCUGUCCGCCGCCGAGGAACUGCACGCAAAGCACCGUACCGAGCUGGCCCGUCAGGCUCGAGACAUUGAAACCAAGGACGUUUCGCUGGCGGAAAAUAUCCGCGAGCUAAAAACGCUUGCCGAACAGGUAGACGUGCUCACCGCACAACUGGACAUCUACAAGGUCGACUUUGAGGCGGAACGUACCGCCCGCGCCGAGCUAGCCAGCGAGAAGGACCGCAUACUGGCAGAUUUGAAGCUGCUGCAGAAGCGCAACCAACAACUUAUAGAAGAGGUCCAGAAUGGAAGAGUCGCCCAGGAGAACGCAACCAAGGCGGCCAACGAGGCGCUGGACAAACGCGUUCCGGAACCACCGACCGAAACGCCUGGACCGAGCCGAGUUGGAGCGAAUCCACCGCAGCCGGAUCCAGAAGAGCAAGAGUUUGUCCCGUCGAUCCUGCACUGUCCGCUGUGUAACAAUGCGUAUCGCGAUCUGACCACCCUGCAGAACCACGUCGAGGAUUGCGUUGGUGUCGAGUUCCAGCAGUUCAACGGAAUUCGUAGCCGCAUGUCGUCCUUCGAUACAAUAUCCGAGUGGCUCGGACCCAAGGUGACUCUGAUGGCGGAGGCCGGAUUCUUCCACACCGGAUUCCGGGAUAUGGUCCAGUGUUUCUACUGUGGGCUUCGGAUGGGCGCGUGGCAUCAGCACGAAAAUGCCUGGUUUUUGCACACCGUGUAUUUGCACGACAGGAGCUGUGACUAUCUGAACCACAUGAUGGGCAAACGAUACCUUAGUUACGUGAAAAAAUGGAAACGCAGACCGAGUUUGGUGGAACGAAGGUGGUGCUUUGACGCGGAACGGAACGGCGUCGACGAUUGGGUUCCCUGUGCGGACAAGGUGGGCUGUGCGCUGUGCCAGUGGGAGGAGAGGUUGGAACAACUUGGAAGAGCGAUGCAGACCGUGCAGAGUUUAAAGGACGGAAUCUGGAACCUACCGAACACGGUUACCAAUCUGCUCGGGAGUCGGGAGGACGGCGGCAUCGCCGCUGAUGACCACAACAAUAACGCUUCGACGGCGCCUGAUGACGGUGAAGAUAGGAAGAAUGACGAUGACGAGGGUGACAGCGUUAGUGAUGAUAAUGGAGCAGCGGUUGCAGCGAUCGAGGAGCAAGAUAUUGGUGCGGAAUCGAUGGCCAAUUCGUUGAUGUCCGUGGAAGAGGACAUUCUGGACCGGUCGCACGCGAUUCCAUUCGGAUUGAUUCGGGAACAGUGGCAGCUGGUGCUGGAUUGGGACGCGUCGAUUCCGGAAAUGGAGGAUGCUAUUGGGAAGUGCAAGGAUCUGGUUCUGCGCUGUGAGGACAACUCCGAGGAGAAAAAGUGGCUGGUGCGACAUCUGAUUGAGCUGCGCUACCGGCUGCGAGAGCUGCAGGACGUGGACAGCGAUCCGGAUGCACUUCCACCGGAGACUAAGGUCAUUCUUGGGCAUCACUUUGUCGCGAAUCGGAACAAUCCGAAGUACAAGGUUCACUGCGAUCACUGUUCUGGGAUUAUUUGGAACGUGGUUCAGGCCUCUUACAUCUGUGCCGAUUGUUCCUUCGCGGUCCACCACAAGUGCAUACGCAACGUGAUAAGGAUUUGUGCCCACGUAAUCACCACCGAACGUAACCUGCCCAUCGAGUGUAUCUGUCCAGAGAUUGGCCUGGCCUUCCAGAAGUACACCUGCGCCGAGUGCGGCUGCCAGCUUAGCUGCAACAUCUCAACCGCCGUCACCUGCUUCGGGCUCGAACUCAAGGCGGAAAAGUUCAACGCGGUCGUCCCGCGCCUCUGCGACUACUCCGGCUUGUACUACUGCACGGCAUGCCACUGGAACGACACCUCCAUCAUCCCGGCCCGUGUCGUCAACAACUGGGACUUUGUCCCGCGGAAAGUCGGUCGCGCCUCCCUACAACAGAUUCGUCUCCUGUACGAGCGGCCGCUCAUUAAUCUGGAGGCGCGCAAUCCCCGACUGUUUCACUUUAUAGCCGGCCUUGGUGUGGUCAAACGGCUGCGCACUAAACUGACCCAGAUGAAGCGUUACCUGGCGGUGUGCAGGCUGGCCGAGGAACACCGGCUGGUGCGGGAUACCAUUGGUGGGGGGUCGAGACGUCAUCUGAUGCAGUCCGUCGAUAUGUACAGUGUGGCCGAUCUGGUCGGGGUGGAGAACGGAACGCUGCCGGAGUUUUUGCGCAAGGCGCACGACGCCUUCGAGCGGCACAUUCGGAACUGUGUGAUUUGCUCCGGCAAGGCGUAUUUUUGCGAAGUCUGCAGCAACGACGAGUUCCUGUUUCCGUUCGAUGACGGGGCCAUUGCGUGCACCCGCUGCAACUCGGUUUCGCACAGGGCGUGCUACGCGCGCAGUAAUCGAAGUUGCCUCAAGUGUGCCCGGUUGCGCGUACGCGAGCAGCAAAUGCGGAAUGAAAUUUUGGACGCCGCCAACGGGAAUUAGGAUGUCCUAGGGCAAUGUGGUGCAGGCUUUAUAGGAAAGAUGCUACCUUUCCUGCUUAUGCUUAACAAAUUGGGCGUGUCAUCGUAAUGAAUGCUGCUUUUCGGCUUUUAAUAGUUUGUAAAUCAA